AAAUUGGUUGUACGGAAGCAGCAGGGCAGAGCGUUCGCUGGUUUGAGAGUGAGAGAGAUAGCAGUAUACCGGCGCCAUCAUAAUCAUCAUGUCUCUCCGCGUCACCCGGAACAUGCUGUCAAAUGCUGAGAAUACAAAAACUGAAGCCUUUGGCAAAAAGGCUGUGGCCAAGCCAGGACUGCGGCCCCGCAUGGCCCUGGGCGAUAUCGGAAACAAGGUUGACCCGAAGGUGCCUGUGAAGAAGGAACUAAAACCUGCUCUGAAGGUUGUUAAAAAGGCCAAAGCAACGGAGAAGGUUCCAGAGCCAAAAAAGGUGAAAGAGGAAAAGGUCUGCACCAAACCUGCUGAGUUGGAACCCAGCUCCCCUGCGCCAAUGGAGACCUCUGGGUGCGUCCCAGAUGAGCUGUGCCAGGCUUUCUCUGAUGUCCUUAUCCAUGUGAAGGAUGUGGAUGCUGAUGAUGUUGGGAACCCCAUGUUAUGCAGUGAAUAUGUGAAGGACAUCUACUGCUAUCUGAGGAGCCUAGAGGAAGCCCAGGCGGUGAGGCCAAACUAUCUCCAAGGCCAGGAAGUCACAGGCAACAUGCGAGCAAUCCUGGUAGACUGGCUGGUCCAGGUGCAAAUGAAGUUCCGCCUGUUGCAAGAAACUAUGUUUAUGACUGUUGGGAUAAUUGACCGCUUCCUGCAGGAGCACCCAGUUCCCAAAAAUCAGCUACAGCUUGUGGGGGUAACAGCCAUGUUCCUUGCUGCUAAAUAUGAAGAGAUGUACCCACCAGAGAUUGGAGACUUCACCUUUGUGACAGACCACACCUACACAAAAGCUCAAAUAAGAGACAUGGAAAUGAAGAUCCUUCGUGUCCUCAAAUAUGCGAUUGGCAGGCCCCUCCCUUUGCACUUCCUCAGGAGGGCUUCCAAAAUUGGGGAGGUUACUGCGGAGCAGCACAGUUUGGCAAAGUAUCUGAUGGAACUGGUCAUAGUGGACUAUGAGAUGGUGCAUUUCCCUCCUUCCCAAAUUGCAGCUGCAGCUUCCUGCUUGUCAUUCAAAGUCUUCAAUGCUGGUGAAUGGACUCCAACACUGCAGCAUUACACCGCUUACUCUGAAGACCAGCUAAUCCCAGUCAUGCAACAAAUGGCCAAGAAUGUGGUGAAAGUGAACAAAGGACUCUCCAAACACAUGACUGUGAAGAAUAAGUAUGCGAGCAGCAAGCAGAUGAAGAUCAGCACUAUACCACAGCUGAGGUCUGAAAUCAUGGCAGAGAUGGCCCGGACUGUCCUUUCAUAGAAGAACCAACACCCUGUAUAGACUGUUAAUUUUAAGAUUUUUGUGCAUUUGUAAAUAGUUGUUUUAAUAAACUUUGUUUUUAUCGCUCUAA